ACGUAACCAUUAACAGAGAAACGUGUUUUCAGUCAGUUAACGUUUGCUCGCUAUAGAGAAUAGCAAGGAAAAUAACUACGUUAAUUAGCUAGAUAUUUUUUUUUAGAUGGUUCGGUGACCAACUUGCGUUGAUUUCUACAGAUACGUUUGGAAAUGUCUCAGUUAUCAGCGAGGGGAGGUUUCCUGGAUUUUAGUCCCAUCAAGAAAGAAGAUUCACCUGCUGUUUCUUAUGGCAAUAAAGAAAACAAUAGCUCGCAUCCAGUUUUGAGUUUAAUUCAGUUUUCAAGGGCUCCGUUUGUAACAUUUGGAAAUGUAAAGUUGGGAUCUUCCAAAUCAUCAGUUCUUUGCAUUGAGAAUCCCGUUGAAGAUGCAAACAUAGAGGUGGCAAUUGAUAAGAUUGCAUCGACGAAAGGCUUUUCCGUGGAUCAAACCCGAUUUACAAUUCCGCCUGAGGAGCGUGUCAAUUUGACAAUAACUUGGACACCAAUAGAGGAAGGUGGUAUCCGAGAGCUGAUCACUUUCAUUGCCAAUGGGGUGGUCAAACACCAAGCCAUUUUGCUCGGUAGAGCAGACGCACCCAAAAGAAGAAAGAAGAGUCUGUGGGACUCAAUCAAAAGCAAGAAGGAAUUUGACCUAUCAGACCCUCCAAGGGGGAAGAAAAACUCUAUAUCUUCCCUGAAGAUGGCAGCCAACAAGACCUUUCAUGUGUCCCGGACACCACAGUACAGACGGGAGAAGGUUCGCAGCCCUCUUGCCUCACUCAACAAAAAAGCCUGCACACCUGUCGAAGGGCAGAAGUUUAAGCAGGAUGUGUUGGGUCAGUUGAGUUUUGACAAUGUCCAAAAGAACUCGCCUGUCGUCAUUCUAGUCCCCGCUGCAAAGCUAAUUGAUUCCUCUGAUGCAGCAGCCAGCUACAGUUGCCCAGUAGGCACACCUGAGUGCAGAGACCUCACCAGACUACUGAACACGACUGUGUCCCCUGUCGGCACUCCAGAGAGGUUUCAAAAGCUGAUGCCCCAUAUUCAGUCUAUACAGAGCCCAGCCCAUGUGAUUGAUGACACUGUUGCGGACAUAAGCCAUACAGUGUUGGCCGGAACACCAGUGUUGUCUGUGAGAGAUGCACUGGCCUUGAUUGAGUCAGAUCUAACUCAUGUGGUUGGUGCAAGCCCUCCAAAUGCGUGCUCUAGCUUUGAUUUCUCCCACUCCUUGGAGUCAGCAAAUGGAGAGAAGAAUUGUGGCCCUGUCAAAUCUGUGAUUGACAUCAAAGCACUGUCUGAAAGCCCCAUCAAGUCUGAUCCUGCACAGCCUAGACUAACCUUCUUCAUCAAACCAAAACGUGUUACUGACAAGCAGGGUAGAGUAGAGGUUGGAGAAGUUGUUCCUCAAUCCAAAAAGGUUACUUUCACCUCCACCACAGUCAUCAAAAGCAAACCAGUUCCUGUCCAGGUACGCAGUCCUGGGGUGAGGAGAAUCAAAACCUCCAGGCGCCGUCUCCUGGAGAAAACACUGGAGCUGUCUGGGGACAGUGGCCAUUCAGAGUCAAGCCCGGGUACUACAGUUACCCCUGGUCUCCCUGUCAUAGACUCUGAUGCAAAUCAUGAUUCUCCAUUAACUAUCUCCCCACGGGAGGCCAGGCUGCAGGCGCUGGAGUCAGUUUCCUGUAGGCCAGUUUGUUUGGAUGCUAUCCCUGCUCCAGUCAAGCUCUCCCUCAGCUCUCCUCUGCCUAUGAACCCCUCCACUGGUGGCCCCCAGCACCUUGGCCUGGAUGAUUCCAUUCUGGGAGCCACUCAGCUCCACACAGCACCGAUAGUGGAAUCUCUACCUGACGUGUUUCCUGUUUACAACCAGAGCCAGUUUGACAUGAGGGUGGUGCGGAGCAAAAAGAGGAAGAGCGAUGAGUUUCUGAGGGAUGGAGGGGAGAAAGUGGAGGAUGCUGUGGAGAAAACCAUGUUCCAUGUGAAAAAGAGUAGGGUGUCAACAGUGGUGAAGGGACCCAACAGACCAGCUCAGCAGAAGGGGUUCAGUGCCUCCUCUCACAGGCAGCAGACAAAAACAUCAGCUUCUGUGCGUACUAGUUCUGCCUCAUCCAUGAAGGCUCCAAAAUCUGUGUCCCCUGCACAAGCCAAGCAGCCAGCUCCAAAACCUGGCCCGCAAGGUUCACAGAAAUCAUUUGGUGGCUCGUCUGUAAAAACUGCAAAGAUUGUAGCUGUGGCCCAGUCCAAGCUCGCCUUCAUCAAGCCUGGUCAAACAGCCAUACCAAGACACCCGAUGCCGUUCGCUGCGAAGAACAUGUUCUAUGAUGAGCGCUGGAUAGAGAAACAGGAGACUGGGUUUACCUGGUGGAUCAACUACGUCCUCACCCCUGAUGACUUCAAGGUCAACACGGAGGUCACCAAAGUGAAUGCCGUAUCCCUGGCGAUGGGCGGUAAUGACAAAUUUGCCGUCAACAAGGCUCCCACCAAAGAGGAGAUGUCGUUUAGUACGUACACUGCCAGGCGGCGGCUCAACCGGCUGCGUCGCUCCGCCUGCCAGCUCUUCACCUCCGAGCCCAUGGUCAAAGCCAUCCAGAGGCUGGAGUUGGAGGUGGAGGCUAGAAGGUUACUGGUACGCAAGGAUCGGCAUCUUUGGAAGGACAUCGGGGAACGCCAAAAGGUUCUCAACUGGCUUCUAUCGUACAAUCCUCUUUGGUUACGGAUUGGACUUGAGACUAUUUACGGGGAGAUGAUCUCACUGGAGAGCAACAGUGACGUCAUGGGCUUAGCCAUGUUCAUUCUGAAACGUCUGCUGUGGAACCCUGACAUCGCUGCGGAGUUCAGACAUGCCAAAGUACCCAACCUCUACAAAGAUGGCCACGAGGGGGCGCUGUCUCGUUUCACUCUGAAGAAGCUUCUCCUCCUGGUGUGUUUCCUGGAUAAAGCCAAAGAGUCCAGGAUGAUCGAACAUGACCCCUGUCUGUUCUGUAUGGAUGCGGAAUUCAAGACUACCAAGGACCUGCUGCUGGCUUUCUCCAGGGACUUCCUAAGUGGGGAGGGGAUCCUCCCCCGUCACCUGGGUUACAUGGGCCUACUGGUCUCCCACAUCCAGACGCCUCUGGACGAGUUCAACUUCGCUGUCAAGAAUCUGUCCGUUGACCUUAAGUGUGGAAUCCGUCUAGUGCGUGUGAUGGAGCUGUUCAUCCAGGACUGGAGCCUGUCCCGUAAGCUGAGGAUGCCCGCAAUCAGUCGUCUGCAGAAGGUCCACAACGUUGACAUAGCCCUGCAGGUGCUCCGAGCCAGAGGGGUUGACCUCAAGGAUGAGCAUGAUGCUGUCAUUGACUCCAGAGAUAUUGUGGAUGGACACAGGGAGAAGACACUGAGCCUGCUGUGGAAGAUCAUUUUUGCCUUCCAGGUGGAGGUUCUUCUGGAUGAGGACCAGCUGAGAGAAGAGAUCAGUUUCCUCAAACACACCUGGACCACCAAACAGAGGCUGGCCUCCCUGAGGGCUGACAAAGGUGUGCUGCAGAAGACUGCCAAGCCUAGACCCCCAUUCAAGCACAGUAGCUCAAAGAUCACUCUACUCAUGGAAUGGGUCAAUGCUGUCUGCCAGUUCUACCACUUGAAGGCAGAGAACUUCACGGUGUCGUUCUCAGACGGUCGUAUCCUCUGCUACCUGAUCCACCACUACCACCCCAGCCACCUACCGGCAGACGGCGUCAGCCACAACACCACCCAAACUGUGGAGUGCUCCCAGAGAGGACGAGUUGAACUCAACAGCUCCUCCAGCGACUCGGACAUCUCCUUUGACACCUGGCCCACCACACAAAAUGGCCUUGUGUUGCCAUCGAUGGAGUUCAAAGAGCUUCUGGAGAAUGAGAAGAAUAACUUCAGGCUGGUCAACACUGCAGUGUCUGACUUGGGAGGGGUUCCUGCCAUGAUGAACCCUGCUGACAUGUCAAACACUAUCCCAAAUGAGAAGGUUGUGACAUGUUACCUGUCCUUCCUGUGUGCCCGUCUCCUGGACCUGCGGAAUGAGACGCGUGCUGCCAGGAUCAUCCAGGAAGCUUGGAGAAAGUACCGUCUGAAGAAGGAUCUGAAGCUUUACCAGGAAAGGACUGUAGCAGCGGGGAAGAUCCAGGUGCUGGUCAGGCAGUUUCUCCAGAGACGUAGAGCUGUCUGUCAGACCGCUGCAGCCGUCCGAAUCCAGGCUGCAUGGAGGGGCUACUCAGUGCGGAACGCCCUGACACUGAGGAGAAAGGCUCUACUCUGGGCUCGCCAGGUUGCUGCUGCUACCACCAUCCAAGCACAAUGGAAGAAGUAUAUUACCUUGAAAAACUACCAGCGCGUGAGAUUGCAUGUUGUUAAAGUUCAAGCUCUCUGGCGGAUGAAGAUGGCAGUCACUACCUACAGAAGGACACAGUGGGCUGCAACAGUAAUUCAGGAGCAUGUUAGGGCCUCGGCUCUGGCAAGGGAAGAGCGUGAAUGUUACUGCUCGCUGAGAUCAGCAGCUAUCAAAAUCCAGAGAAACUAUCGGAGAUGCAAGACUCGGAGACUGCAGAGGGAGAACCAUGCUGCCACAGUGAUACAAACUGCAUUUAAGAAAUGGCACAGUGACAAAAUGGCCCGACUGACCGCAGCUGCCCUGAAGAUUCAGUCUUGCUACAGAAUGCACAGGUGCCUAAAACAGUACAUGGGCACCCAGCGGAGCGCAAUCCUCAUUCAGGCUUGGUGGAGAGGUCAUGCACAGAGAUGCAACUUUGAGACACUGAAACUGCAGCAUCACUCUGCCACUGUCAUCCAAAGUGCUUUUAGGGCAAGGAUGGUCAGAAAACAGAUGACGACGAUGAGACAAUCCUCAGUCGUGAUUCAGCGUUGGUUCAGGGCCUCUGUACAAAGAGAUGCAGGGAGGAAACAAUUCCUGAAAAUGAGAUGUGCUGCUGUUACCAUACAGUCCGCUUAUCGUGGACAUACGGCUCGGAGACUAGUGCAACAACAGAAUCAGGCAGCCACAGUCAUCCAGACAACUUUCAUGAAGUUUGUGGCCAGACGAAAAUUCUUGUCCUUGAAAAAAUCUGCGAUUGUUGUCCAACAGCAAUUUAGAGCCAAGCUAGUAGGGGAGAAAUCAAGGAAAGAAUAUAUGGCCCUCCAAUAUUCUGCAUUGAGAAUACAAGCUAUCUGGAGAGGUAGGGCAGAGAGGAAGAGGCUUGAAAAACUGCAAAAAUGCGCCACACUCAUUCAGUCUUCCUACCGUAGACAUGUAUUGCAGUCACAGUUCAGGUCAAGAAAGGAGGCUGCUUGGACCAUCCAAAGCCAGUACAGAGCUUAUAGGGCAGGGAAAACAAUUAGAACUGAUUAUCUCCUGGUCAAGAAGGCUGCUGUUACUGUACAAGCCUGGUUCCGUGGCGUGAGAGUUAGGCAAGAGCUGAGGCAGAAACACCAGGCUGCUACUGUCCUUCAGUCAGUAGUGAGAGUCAUUCUCUGUAGAAGACGAUAUGUGUUACUGCAACGUGCCGCUGUAGUCCUCCAGUGUCGGUACCGGGCUCUUGUAGCAAGCAGAACACAGCGAGCGCAGUACAGCCAGCUGAAAUUGGCUACAGUAAAGCUACAGUCUGCUUACCGGGGAUCCAGCGUCCGAAGAGACCUAAGGACGAAACACCAAGCUGCUACGGUCAUCCAAGCUCAGUUAAGGAUGCACAAAGUGCGUCAGGCCUAUCUUGCCACAAAGGUGGCGGCCAUCAUUGUACAGCAGCAUUUCAGGGCUAAUCGGCUCCGAGAUCUACAGAUGCAGUGGUACACCUCAGUGAAGUCCGCUGCAGUUGUGAUUCAGGCAGUGUAUCGCGGUCACAGGGCAAGAAUGGAGGUUGCUAGGAUGCACCACUCAGCCAUGAUCAUUCAGAGGAGGUUCCUCACUUUCAGGGACAGGAAACGCUUCCUUGCGGUCAAAACUGCUGUUUUACUAUGUCAACAGAGAUGCAGGGAUGUGGCCAUGGUAAGGAAAGACCAGAGGGACUAUCUGUUGAAGCUUAGGGCAGCCACUGCUCUGCAAGCAGCUUUCAGAGGGAUGAAGGUCCGGAAGCAGUUGCAGACUGAAUGCAGAGCGGCCAUACUCAUUCAAUCUCACAUCCGGAAACACCUGCAGAGGGCGCACUAUGAGAUGCUUCAGUGGGCUGUGAACACAGUGCAGGCUCGUUACAGAGCCAACAAGAAGAUGAUGGAAGACAGGAAAGCACUGUGCAUAAAGAGGAGGGCUGUUGUCGUGUUACAGGCUGCCUUCCGGGGCAUGCUAUCCAGACAGCGCAUGAGAGAGAUGCGCAUGAGAGAGAUGCACAAGGCCGCCAGUGUUCUCCAGAGAAGUUACAGGGCGCACUGCGAACACCGACAGUACCUCUCCUUGAGAUCCUCUGUCCUUGCCAUUCAACAAAAAUAUCGUGCUGCUGUUGCAGUGAAACAGCAGAUGGAUCACUACCAACGAAUGCGCAGUGCCGCAAUCCUGCUCCAAGCAGCAUACAGAGGCCAGAGAGCCAGAAAGGAGAUCAGUCUUCAACAUCAAGCUGCCACCAUGAUCCAGGCUGGCUUCAGAAAGCACAGAGAGGAAGUCAAGUUCCAGGCCAUGAGGUUUGCUGCCAUCAUCAUCCAGAGAUACUUCAGAUCUCACAUUCAAAGGAAACAAGACCGAGACCAGUUCUUGAGACUGAAGGAUUCGGCCAUAGUCCUUCAGGCAGCUUUCAGAGGGCGUUGCGUGCGCCAUGAUGUUGCUAAGAUGAAGAGAGCUGCUACUGUGAUUCAGGCCAACUUCAGGAUGCACAAGGAGCAGGUCAAGUUCCAGGCCAUGAGAUUGUCUGCUGUCAUCAUUCAGAGGCACUACAGAUCUCACAUUCAAAUGAAACAAGACCGAGACAGAUUCAUAAAGAUCAGAGAGUCUGCCAUAGUCCUUCAGGAAGCUUUCAGAGAAAUGACUGCACGGAAGCAGUUGCAGACUGAAUGCAGAGCUUCCAUACUCAUUCAAUCUCAUGUCCGGAAACACCUUCAGAGGGCGAACUAUAAGAGGCUUCAGUGGGCUGUGAACACAGUGCAGGCUCGUUACAGAGCCAACAAGAAGAUGAUGGAAGACAGGAAAGCACUGUGCAUAAAGAGGGCUGUUGUCGUGUUACAGGCUGCCUUCCGGGGCAUGCUAUCCAGACAGCGCAUGAGAGAGAUGCACAAGGCCGCCAGUAUUCUCCAGAGAAGUUACAGGGCGCACUGCGAACACCGACAGUACCUCUCCUUGAGAUCCUCUGUCCUUGCCAUUCAACAAAAAUAUCGUGCUGCUGUUGCAGUGAAACAGCAGAUGGAUCACUACCAACGAAUGCGCAGUGCCGCAAUCCUGCUCCAAGCAGCAUACAGAGGCCAGAGAGCCAGAAAGGAGAUCAGUCUUCAACAUCAAGCUGCCACCAUGAUCCAGGCUGGCUUCAGAAAGCACAGAGAGGAAGUCAAGUUCCAGGCCAUGAGGUUUGCUGCCAUCAUCAUCCAGAGAUACUUCAGAUCUCACAUUCAAAGGAAACAAGACCGAGACCAGUUCUUGAGACUGAAGGAUUCGGCCAUAGUCCUUCAGGCAGCUUUCAGAGGGCGUUGCGUGCGCCAUGAUGUUGCUAAGAUGAAGAGAGCUGCUACUGUGAUUCAGGCCAACUUCAGGAUGCACAAGGAGCAGGUCAAGUUCCAGGCCAUGAGAUUGUCUGCUGUCAUCAUUCAGAGGCACUACAGAGCUCACAUUCAAAUGAAACGAGACCGAGACAGAUUCAUAAAGAUCAGAGAGUCUGCCAUUGUCCUUCAGGCAGCUUUCAGAGCAUAUCACAUUCGACAAGAUGCUGCUAAGAUGCACAGAGCUGCUUCUGUGAUUCAGGCCAACUUCAGAAUGCACAAGGAGCAGGUCAAGUUCCAGGCCAUGAGGUUUGCUGCCACCAUCAUCCAGAGAUACUUCAGAUGUUACAUUCAAAUGAAACAAGACCGAGACCGGUUAAAGAAGUGCAGAGAGUCUGCCAUAGUCCUUCAGGCAGCUUUCAGAGGGUAUCGCGUUCGACAAGACGUUGCUAAGAUGUGCAGAGCUGCUACUGUGAUCCAGGCCAACUUCAGGAUGCACAAGGAGCAGUCUGCUUACAGGAGGCAGCAUUGGGCAGCCAGUGUUCUUCAGCAAAGAUUCAGAGCUCAGAGACUGAGGAACUCUCAGUUGGAGAACUACCAUCAGAUGAGAAAUGCUGUGAUAAACCUUCAGGCCUUGUAUAGGGGAAAACAGGCAAUGGAGCUGGCUAAACGGAUGUUGGCAGCCAGGAAGAUUCAGUCAUUUCUGAGAAUGAGCAUCAGACGACAACGCUUCUUGAAGGAAAAAGCUGCUGCUCUGUUGAUCCAGUCUGCCUUCAGAAGACACCAGGCCAGGACAUGGUACAAUGAAACACAAGCCUCUGCAGUCACGAUCCAAAGAUGGUUCAGAUCAUGCAACGUCCUCAGACGACAAAGGGACGACUACUUGGCCAUCAGAGAAGCUGCUGUGAAGCUUCAGUCAGCCAUCCGUGGAACCCUGGCAAGAAGGCUGGCCAGACGCAAACGUGCGGCUGUCAAGAUCCAGUCCGUGAUACGCAUGUCCAUCCAACGGAGAAGUUAUCUGACGCUGCGAUCCAGCACGGUAAAGCUGCAGUCUCACUGCAGGGCUUGGGUGGCGAGGAGGAGAUUCCUGAUGCGUCGGACAGCGGCCGCUACUCUCCAAAAGCACUACAGAGGCCGGCAGGUCCAGAGAGUGCAGCGAUCCCUGUACCUAAAGACCCUGACCAGUGUCAAAAUGCUGCAGGCCAGAGUGCGUGGACACAUCCAACUCAAGAGGUACCAGAAUCUCAAGAGCAGUGCAGUCACAAUUCAGGCAUUUUACCGUGGAAUGGUGGAGAGGCGCCGGUUUCAGCAUCAAAGGGCAUCUGCUGCUAUAAUACAGGAAUGUUUCAGGGCCCAUCUCCUCUGCCGAAGAGAGAGGGCAAAAUACCUGGAAAUGAAGAAGUCUGCUGUUCUUAUUCAAGCUGUGUUCCGUGGUGAUCUUGCCAGACAGAGUGCCCGGAAACGUCAGGCGGCUGUCGCCACAGUCCACCGAUGUAUGCAGACCAGGCAUCUACGCAACAGGUUCCUAGUGAUCCAGUGUAGUGUAAGGCUCAUUCAGGGCAGAUGGAGGGAGACCUUGAAAGCCAGGGAAGAGCGUCGCAACUUCCUGGUCAUGAAAGCUGCCGCUGUUACAAUCGAAGCGUCAUGGAGAGGCCAUGCGACCAGGAAUCGCCUGCAUAAGGAGCAGCGGGCUGCGGUGCUGGUCCAGUCGUCCUUCCGGGGAUGGGUCCAGAAACGGGCGUUCCAGAGACAAAGAGAGGCUGCCCUGGUCCUACAGAGGAGAGUCCGAGCUAUGCAGCAGGCUAAAGCAGAGAGGGUCAAAUACACACGUUUGAAACAGGCUACCAUCACUGUCCAGGCUCACUGCAGAGGCUGGAUUGCCAGGAGACAGUUGAGAGAAGCGGCCUCUGCGGAGAGGAGGGUGCGUUUCUGCGCGGCUGUGUACCACCACUUCUGUGCUGUGCGGAUCCAGAGAGCUCUGAGGUCACAAUGGGCUCUGCGGUCUGCCAAGAGACAGAUCACCUCUGUCAUUUUUAUACAGAGGUGGCUGAGAGCACGGAUCCAGAGGCGGCGAUACCUGGAGGACAGGAGGAGGGUGGUCGUGGCCCAGAGGGCAGCCAGGAGUUGGUUAGCUCGCCGCCAUCGCGCCGCCUCCACCAUCCAGCACGCCGCCAGGACCUUCCUCCUCCGUAGGCGGGAACAGAGGGUUCAGCAGGGCAUCAUCAAGGCACAGGCGUUGUGGCGAGGCCACCAGUCCAGAAAGCUCCAUGACAAUCGUAAAGUGGUGUCCAUGAGGCAUCGUCUGCGGAAGGUGUCUGAGGAGGUACGAGAGGAGGACCGGCUGUGCAACAAGACGUCCUGGGCCAUCGAAUACCUCCUCAAAUACAAGCACUUCUCCUAUAUCUUGGAGGCUCUGAAGAAUCUGGAGACCGCCACUAGGCUGUCCCCAGAGUGCUGUGAGCGUCUGGUGACGAGCGGCGCCACGCUGGUCAUCUUCACGCUGAUCCGCAGCUGCAACCGGAGUGUCCCCUCUAUGGAAGUCAUUACCUACGCCAUCCAGGUGCUCCUCAACCUCUCCAAGUAUGACAAAACAAUCGAGGCGGUUUAUGCGGUGGAGAACUCUGUGGACACACUGCUGGACCUGCUCCAGAUAUACAGGGAGAAGGCCGGAGACAAGGUGGCCGACAAAGGAGGCAGCAUCUUCACCAAGGCCUGCUUCCUCCUGAUCAUCCUGCUGCAGGACCAGUACAGGGCUCUGGAAGUGAGGAAGCUUUCCAAGGCAGUUGACCGGCUCCGCAGCAUCUACCGCCUCACUGCACGCAAACACAAGAUGGAUGCCGAGAGGACCGUGGUCAAGCAGAAGAUGGGGGCAUCCAUAAAUGGAAGCUUCAUUGUCCCGGCAACCCCCCGCAAAUCCAAGCCAGUGCCUAAAUUCUCCCCUGAUUGGGUUCUCAGAAAGGACAAACUGCAAGACAUAGUUGACCCUCUCCGAGCUGUACAGAUGGUGGCUGACGUCUUCUCUAUUGUGCUUUAAAUAUACUUAAUGAAAUAUUUUCUUUAGCUUUUUCCAUAGUCAUUUUUUGUAUAAUUGUUUAUUAAAUGAUACGCAUAUGAUAAUUGUAUUUUUUUAACGUUUUUUUAAAUGUACUUUACGUUGAUGUCUUUUUAAAAUAUUUUUUAGCUUGUUAAUGUUUUGUCUAUCUAGAAAAAGCUCCAUGAGUUGUCUUUGAUAACUUCAUUUGAUUCAACAAGACAUGAUGCAAGGUGUAUACACUGAUGGUUGGUGGCCACACGGUGGAAGCAUUUAACCUGCAGGUUAAUGGAUUGAAUAAGGGUGAAUUAAAAAACAUGUAGACCUAUUACUAUUAUCCCAUGUUAAUGAUCUAAAAACCUCUGUGGGAGAAAGACACUAGAAGUCUCCUGACAACGGGUGAGUAACGUGGCGUUUGAACUGUCUAGAUAGGUGUGUGAAGUAUCUGGUAAUUGAAAGAUGUGAUUUAGAUCUAAUUUGCACAUGCCAAACAGAAAAUAUACCGGAGCGAUUCUUGAAUCCAUUCUGUAAAUAUUUACUUUGACUGCCUACUGCUGUAAAUAAAAGAUCUGAUUUCACCUGAAA